GAACAGCCAGCCGCUGGGCAGACGGGCCGGCACGUGCAGCCAGCGGCCCACGCGGACCAAGCCCAGCACGUGGCCCAGUAGGCACAGAAGGAAGCAGGCCGGCUUUUGGUGGUGCGGUUCACGUACAAGUCUGCAGCCCAGAGAUCGAGAGCAGAUCGUCGAUAGUCUUCUCCCAAACCCUUUGCGGGGUUACUGACGGCGGGGAGCGGCAUGGCCCCAGGCAACGGCGAGGAGAGCGACCGCUGCAAAAGAGGCCGAGGAGCCGGCGAUUGCAAGGGCGAUGAUGGCGAGAACGGCCCCGACAAAAGAUUCCUGGUCGCCGCCGGCUCUGCGUGCGCUGAUGGCGAGGCCGGCGACGACGGCACGGGAGAUUAUGAUAUAAGCGUAAGCGGCGACGAGACCGACGGCGGCUGCGCCGGCGAGGAUUUGAUCUACUACUACAGCGACGACGACGACGAGGAAGCGGAGGUCGGCGCCUCGGUGAUCCAACGCGACGAGAAGAGGUACGUCGUGCUCAGCGAGGACGAUGUCCACGACAGGCAGGGCAAGGACACGGCGGAGGUCGCCGAGGUUCUGUCAGUCCCGCCAGGCUUCGCCGCCGCCCUGCUGCGGCACUACAGGUGGGGGAAGACGCGGCUCAAGGAGGAGUGGUUCACCGACGACCGGCGCAUCCGCGACGCCGUCGGCCUGCCGGCGGACGGUGCCCCCGCGCCCGCGGAGCUCAGCCGCGAGCCCCUCGUCUGCGCCAUAUGCUUCGGGAGUUUCGGCGCCGGGCUGACGAGAGCCGCGGCGUGCUCCUCCCACUUCUACUGCGAUGAGUGCUGGCGCGGGUACAUCCGCGCGGCGGUGGAGGACGGCCCGCGGUGCCUGUCGCUGCGGUGCCCGGAGCCGUCCUGCUCGGCGGCCGUCGUCCGGGAGCUGGUCGACGCGGUGGCCGACGGCGCGGACACGGACCGGUACGCGCGGUUCGCGCUCCGGUCGUACGUGGACGAGAGCGGCGGCGGCGUCAAGUGGUGCCCCGGCCGCGACAGCCCCCGCGCCGUGGAGUUCCUCGGUUGCGCCGGCGACGCGACGGACGUGUUCUGCGACUGCCGGCACGGCUUCUGCUGGGCCUGCGGCGAGGAGGCGCACCGGCCGGUGUCCUGCGCCACGGUGCGCGCGUGGCUGCUCAAGACCAGCUCCGACUCGGCGUCGGCCAACUGGGUGCUGGCCAACACCAAGCACUGCCCAAAGUGCCGGCGCCCGAUCGAGAAGAACCAGGGCUGCAACCACAUGACCUGCCGCGCUCCCUGCGGCCACCACUUCUGCUGGAUCUGCCUCGAGCCGCUGGGACGCGCCCACACCGCCUGCAACGCCUACCGGCCGCGGCCGGGCAGGGCGGCCAUCGUCGACAGCAAGGGCGCGCUGCCCCCCGUGGAGGAGCAGAGGCGGGAUCAAGCCAAGGCGUCGCUGGACAGGUACAUGUACCACUACGAGCGCUGGGCGGCCAACCACAGGUCGCUGGAGCAGGUGCUCAAGGACAUGGCCGCGCUGCAGCGAUCGGAGCUGGGGAGGAUGGCCGGCAUGGUGCGCGCCUCGGCUAUGGACCUCAGGUUCCUGACCAGGGCGUACGAGCAGAUCGCCGGCUGCCGGCGAGUGCUGCGGUGGGCGUACGCGCACGGCUACUUCCUGGACCCGGAGCGCGACGCCGCCAAGCGCGGCCUGUUCGACCACCUGCAGAGCGACGCCAACAGGUCGCUGGAGCGCCUCCACGGCUGCGCCGAGGGGGAGAGGAAGGAGCUCUGCGCCGCCGCCGCCGCCAAGGGCGAAUCCUCGGCCGAGAUCGCCGAGAGGUACAGCCGCUACAAGAAGAAGCUCGAGAACCUCACCGAGGUGACGCGGCGCUACUUCGAGAACCUCGUGAAGGCGUUCGAGACUGACCUGGCCGAGGUGAAGCCGGCCAAGUAGGCCAUGGAUGGAUGGAUCCAUUCCCAGUUCCAUGUUCAUUCAUCAGAUCUAUCGCCUCAAAGACUAUGUUAAUUAGUGUGUGUGUGUGCACGCUUUGCUGCUUUUGAUCCACAACUUGUACUUUGUACUUGUAGUUGUUGGCAUUGCUUUGCAAAAACUUCUACCUACACACACAUCUUGUUUUAGUCCACUUUUGUGGAUAUAAAAAAACAGUGGAAACUUAGUACUAUUGCGCUUUUCGUUUCUACUCCACCUUA